GGUUGAGAUGAUUCCAGAAUAGUGCAUCAAAGUGUUCACCCAUAACUUCAAUCAGAUAUGUCCGAGAAAAAAUUCGAUAUCAUACUUUUCGGUGUAACCGGCCUUGUUGGAAGAUACGGUUUGAAGAAUAUGUUCGAAAUCACCUCAAAAUACGAUGUUGGUAUCCUUUGGGCAGUUGCUGGAAGAAACACCACACAGAUUCGUCAGAUACUCAAACAACUCCACACCGAUACAAAUGAUGAAAGUAUCCUUCAAACACCAGUGCUCUUCGCAGAUAUGACAGACGCUGAAUCAAUCCAUGAACUGGUGAAGCAAACGAAGAUCGUGUUGAACUUCUGUGGACCUCUGAGACAGCUAGGUGAGGUUGUGGUCAAGGCUUGUAUAGAACAUGGGACGCAUUAUUUAGACCUCAGCGCCGAACCUAACUUCAUAGAGAAGGUACAGUUAGACUACGACGAGGAAGCUAAGAAAGCCAAGAUUUACGUCUGUAAUUCGUGUGGUUUCGACUCUGUGGCGUAUGAAAUGGGUGUAAUUUUCCUCCAAGAGAACUUCAACGGUUUAUUGAAUUCCGUGGAAACCUAUUUGAGGUAUGGCACAGAUAAACAUGGCCUUCCUGGACCAGAUUUCAACACCUCCACUUGGAAUUCCAUAAUAGAUCUGUUGGCGAACAGCAGGGAGCUCAAAGAUUUAAGGAAGAGGCAACAAAAUUGGUUGCCGGUACUCACACCAAAGCUACAACCUAAAAUAGUUCCUUUCAGGCCUAAAGUAGAAGAAGGCUGGGCUGUUCCAUCACCUUCAGCAGACCUCUCAGUGAUGCUGAGGACCCAACAAUACAUCCAGAAGGAGACGAAGAAGAGACCCAUUCAAAUCGCUUCUUACUUCAUGUUUACCAAUAUUUUCCACAUAAUCUUCUUCGUGAUCAGUGGUGCCAUUCUGCUAACCUUCAGCAAGUUCCAAUGGGGUAGGAAUAUGCUAUUUCAACAUCCAUCCUUUUUUACCGGAGGUGUUUUUGGAGGUGAAGAACCCAAGGAGGAAAAACUGGACAACAAUUGGUGCUCGUUGACGUUGGUUGGCAAAGGAUGGGAGAGGGUGGAAGACCAUGAGAUACGUGAACCGGACACUGAAAUAGUGGCUAGAAUUAAGGGUUAUAACACGGGGUAUAACUUGACGAGUUUGUGCUUGGUUUUGUCCGGCGUCUUGUUAAUGGUGGAACCUCAAAAUUUUCCAAGGAGAAAGGGUGUUCUCACCCCUGGUGUUUUACUUUCUGGAACUACCUUGAUACAGAAACUGCAUGAGAAUGGACUGAAAUUCGAAUUGGUCGGGAAAAAAACACUCAGGGGGAAAUAUAUCAAAAAUAAAUUAUGAAUAGUGUAUUUAACCAUCCAACAGAUUAGAGUACCCAUAGUGGAUGAAACGUGGUCAUGCAAUGUCUCUAAAAACAUAAUAAUAAGGCUAUAGAAGUUUGUAGGUUGAAGGCUUUCAACUUUUACCACUACAUAUUAUUUCGAUGACUUGUACCUUCUGUCAGAAAAAGCUCUCACCUUUGAGAACACCCUGUGUUCUAUUCUAGCACUGUUUUUGAUGAUUCGACUGCUUAGUAGGAACUGUACUAGCUAGUUUGCAUUCUCAAAGGGAUCCUUUUUAGAACAGCAACAUGAAAAUUGACUCUACAUACUUCGCCCUACUUUUUAGGUACUCACUCAGUAUUUUUAAAGCGUGAAAAACACAGUUAUAUAACUUCAAUAAUUCCUUGUUUUCUUAUUAGAGUUAAACUGAGAUCUGAAUGAAUUAUUGACAAAUAUUUUGCAUCAAUAUUAUGGAUAAUUAACAGAUAACGUUUUGUAGGUGUCUGCUGUGACGUAAAAAAUAGCUUCAGAUAAAUAUAAUUGAAUUAAAGUAUAAAAAUACGUCAUUUCGAUUAUUUGUAGUUCAGUCAAUUCACUUAAAAUAGCCAUCAAGUGCAUAUAUGCUUCAACUUUCGAAAUCAUUUUAUUGUAAAACAGUUUACUCUGUGUGCAUGGUUAAAUUAAUAAAGGUUGUCUCUUCCAAUUGAAA